AAAGUUGCUCAGAAUUCUUUAAGGAUGCACUGAAACCUUUGAUAAUUGAUUUGAUUCACCUGCAGUCUUAUUCACCUGCUGUUUGAAAGUGUUAUGCGCCGCACCCGCUGCUCCAUUUCCUGUCGCCUCCUCUCUAUCUGCAUUGCAUAUCUGUGCGCAAAUGUCUGCGCACGUUCCAUGGCAUCGAAAGACAAAGAAAAUCACUCAUUAAGCUGUGCUGUGGCUCCACGUCCCCUGAUUUACGGCCCAAUCUCAGACGAAAGGACAAGGUUACAUGUUCGGAGUCCUCGCAGCUACCUGAGCGGUGUUUUGUAGAUCCAUAUUGCGCAAAGAAAACGUGGUCAUCAGGGGUGCACAGGUGGGUGCGCUCCCGCCAAGGUGCCAAGAUCUCUCUCUCUCUCUCUCUCUCUCUGCGCAGCUCCAGCGCUCACGCAAAGUGGCCAUUUGGACCCGUGUUCACCGAAAUCCACUGUUCGGCUCACAUCAACUCUCGACUUUGCCGUGACCCAUCGUUCCGCGGCGUUUGAUUAGUGCGGUGAGGAUGGAUUUGAAUGCACAGUAGUCUUGGGAGGAGAGGAGGGACAUGGGCGGGGCUGAAGCGCCUCUCAUUCUCCCUCCAUCCUUAGCGGGGCAGCAGGGCUGGAGAGACCUCCGGGGAGCACAGUCGCCAGUCCAGCACGGAGACCCGCCUGGCCAAAAAAACGCGCCUCACACUUGCCAGGAUUGCCAAAUAUUCCUGAAAAAUAGACCUGCUAUUUAUGGCAUGUGGCUUGUAACUUUACUCCUGCUGUACUCUCUCCAAGAAGUACACAGUGAGGAUGUGGGCUCCACCAGGCUGUACUUUGUGAAUGCCUCCCUGCAGAGGGUCACCUACUCCAGCUCGGUGGGGGUGUCCCUGCCCUGUCCAGCAGGGGGCACCCCCAGUGCCAUACUGCGCUGGUACCUGGCCACCGGCGACGACAUAUACGACGUGCCCCACAUCCGCCACGUGCACGCCAAUGGCACUCUGCAACUGUACCCCUUCUCGCCCUCAGCCUACAACAGCUACAUCCACGACAACGACUACUUCUGCACCGCCGAAAACCAAGCAGGCAAGAUCCGCAGCCCCAACAUCCGCAUCAAAGCUGUUUUCAGGGAGCCAUACACUGUGCGGGUGGCGGACCAGCGCUCGAUGCGGAGCAACGUAGCUGUGUUCAAGUGCCUCAUCCCCACCGCCGUGCAGGAGUACGUCAGCGUGGUGUCCUGGGAGAGGGACACUGUUUCCAUCGUACCAGGUAACAGGUUCUCGCUGACCUCCUUCGGGGCUCUCUACAUCUCUGAUGUUCAGAAGGAGGAUGCCCUCUCCACAUACCGGUGCAUCACCAAACACAAGUACAGUGGCGAGACGCGCCAAAGCAAUGGAGCCCGGCUCUCCGUAAUGGACCCCAACGAGUCCUCUCCAACCAUCCUGGACAGUUUCCAAGCAGGGGAGGUGCACGCAGGCCAGAGUGUCGAGCUCCCCUGCAUAGCUGGAGGGUACCCCAGCCCCACGGUGCGUUGGCUGAAAGAUGGCCGCCCGCUGCCCUCGGAUGCCCGCUGGACACGGCGUUUGUCAGGGCUGACCAUCAGUGACCUGAGGCAGGAGGACAGCGGCAGCUACGCAUGCGAGGUCACCAACAGUUUUGGCUCAAAGGAGGUGUCUGGACAGCUUCAUGUUAUAGAUCCACUACGAGUGACUUUGUCCCCUAAGAAUCUGAAAACUGGCAUCAGCAGCACACUGUUCUUCACGUGCACUGUGGAGGGCUCCCCAGAAUACACCAUCAACUGGUACCGCAACACAGAGCCCAUCGUCCCGGACCAGCACAUCUCCAUCCAGGGACAACACAACGACACCUUGCAGAUCACUGCAGCACAGAAGUUCCACUCCGGGGCCUACCAGUGCUUCGCCUCCCGGAAGGGCCACACCGCUCAGGACUUUUCCAUUAUUCUGCUCGAGGAUGGUACUCCUCGUAUUGUGUCUUCCUUCAGCGAGCGUGUGGUGAACCCCGGGGAGCCUUUCUCCCUCAUGUGCGGGGCCAAAGGAGCCCCGCCCCCCUCCAUCACCUGGACGCUGGACGACGAGCCCGUGGUCCGAGACUCCACCUACAAGACCAGCCAGUACACCCUGUCGGACGGCCUGACCGUGUCGCACGUCAACGUGAGCAGCCCGCUCAUUCGAGAUGGGGGAGUGUAUCGUUGCGUCGCACGCAACUCGGCCGGUAGCGCCGAGUACCAAGCGCGCAUAAACGUAAGAGGUCCACCCCGAAUCAGACCCAUGCGGGACAUCACCGCAGUGGCGGGCAGGAACACCUACAUAACAUGCCGCGUGAUUGGCUACCCGUAUUACUCCAUUAAGUGGCUGAAGGACGGCAUGCAGCUGCCUGAUAAUCAUCGUCAAGUGGUCUUCGAGAACGGCACCCUGAGGCUGACGGACGUGCAGAAGGGCGCAGACGAGGGCACCUACUUGUGCAGUGUCCUGAUCCAGCCCCAGGUGUCAAUCAACCAGACUGUUCAUGUCACUGUCAAAGUGCCGCCGCUCAUCCAGCCCUUCGAUAUCCCCUCUACCUCAGUGGGGAAGCUCAUGUACAUCGCCUGUGUGGUGUCAUCUGGGGACAUGCCCAUACGCAUCACCUGGCACAAAGACGGCCAGCUCAUCGUGCCAGGCUCCGCCUCCGGAGUCGCAAUAGAGACCAAAGAGUUCAUGAGCUCCCUGCAAAUAUCCAAGGUGACACUGAAGCACAACGGAAACUACACCUGCAUCGCCAGCAACGCCGCCGCCACCGUCAGCUGGGAGCGACAGUUGAUUGUCACUGUGCCACCACGUUUUGUUGUGCAGCCCAACAAUCAAGAUUGCAUCUAUGGCAAAGCCGGAGUUCUCAACUGCUCUGUGGAGGGUUACCCGCCUCCAAAAGUCAUGUGGAAACAUGCCAAAGGUGUGGGAAACCCUCAGCAGUACCACCCAGUCCCACUAACUGGCCGUAUCCAGAUCAUGUCAAACGGCUCUCUGCUCAUCCGACACGUGCUGGAGGACGACCGCGGGUACUACCUCUGUCAGGCCUCCAACGGAGUGGGCUCAGACAUCAGUAAGAGCAUGAUCCUCACUGUCAAGAUUCCCGCAAUGAUCACCAGCCACCCCAACACAACCAUGGCGAGGAAGGGCCAGACCAAGGAGCUGAACUGCACGGCGCGCGGUGAGCAGCCCAUCAUCAUCCGAUGGGAGAGAGGAGACACCGUCAUUGAUGCCGAGAGAAACCCCCGUUACUCCAUAGCCAUCAACAAGAAGGGGGACGAAGUCAUCUCUACGCUUAAGCUGAACCCAGCCGAGCGAGGAGAUUCUGUCUUUUUCUCCUGCCAUGCCAUCAACUCCUAUGGAGAGGGUCGAGGGCUCAUCCAACUCACCGUGCAAGAACCGCCAGAUCCCCCUGAACUGGAAGUGAGGGAGGUGAAGGACAGGAGCAUGAACCUUCGCUGGAUCCAACGGUUCGAUGGAAACAGCAUCAUCACGAGCUAUGACAUAGAGUACAAGAACAAGUCAGAUUCCUGGGAUCACAUGUACACAACCAGAAACAUCUCACCCACCAACAACCAAGCCAACAUCGUAGAGUUGCACCCGGCUUGUGUCUACAGCAUCCGCAUGUACUCCUACAACAAGAUAGGACGAAGCCUUCCAAGCAAAGAGCUCACGAUCAGUACGGAGGAAGCACCGCCUGACGGGCCACCGAUGGAAGUGAUACUCACACCGAUGACAUCUCAGAGCAUACGGGUUACCUGGAGGGCGCCGAAGAAGGAGCUGCAGAACGGGGUGAUCAGAGGCUACCAGAUCGGUUACAGAGAGAACGGCCCGGGCAGCAACGGCCAGUACAGCAUCGUGGAGAUGAAAGCUACGGGGGACAGUGAAGUGUACACCUUGGACAACCUCAAGAAGUUUGCCCAGUACGGAGUUGUGGUCCAGGCCUUCAAUAGAGCCGGAACGGGUCCAUCCAGUACUGAGAUCAACGCUACCACGUUGGAAGACGUUCCCAGCGAGCCGCCGCAGAAUGUGCGGGCCAUCUCCGUGACGUCGGACGAGGCGGUGAUCACAUGGGCUGAGCCUCCACGGCUGACGCUGCACGGUGUGCUGAAAGGCUACCGCGUUGUGUUCUGGUCCCUCUUCCCUGACGGAGGUGGGUGCUGUGGGGGCCGUGCCCAGUGGCCAGUGCAGAAAUGGGGAGAGAUGCAGAAUAUCACCACCACACGUGAACAGGUUGAGCUGCGAGGGCUCGAGAAGUUCACCAACUACAGCGUUCAGGUGCUCGCCUUCACACAGGCUGGAGACGGGGUCCGCAGCAACGUUCUGUACAUCCAAACCCGCGAGGACCUUCCUGGUCCACCUGCCGGCAUCAAGGCAGUUCCCUCCUCUCCGAGUAGUGUGGUUGUGUCCUGGUUGCCUCCCCACAAACCGAACGGUGUCAUCCGAAAGUACACCAUCUACUGCUCCAGUCCGGGGUCGGGGCAGCCGGCGCCCAGUGAGUACGAGGCCAACCCAGAGAUGCUCUUCUACCGUAUCACACACCUCACCCGCGGUAAACAAUACCACAUCUGGUCUGCAGCUGUGACAACUGCCGGCCGUGGCAACAUCAGCUCAAAGGUCACAGUGGAGCCUGCUGGGAAAGUCCCAGCUAAGAUCCUGUCCUUUGGGGGAACGGUGACCACGCCCUGGAAGAAGGAAGUGCGUCUGCCCUGCAGUUCAGUGGGGGAACCCGCCCCCACAAUAAAAUGGACCAAAGACAGUGAGGACUCCGCCAUUCCGGUGACAGCUGACAGUCAACGCCAGAUCUUAUCCAACGGCACACUGGUGCUACGUUCUGUCAAAGCGGAGGAUUCUGGGUACUACACCUGCACUGCCACCAACACUCUGGGCUUCGACACCAUCAUAGUCAACCUGGUGGUGCAAGUUCCCCCCGAUCAGCCUCGCCUGACCGUCUCCACUACCUCCACCUCCUCAAUCACCUUGGCCUGGAUCCCUGGGGACAACGGGGGAAGCUCCAUCAGGGGAUUUGUGCUGCAGUAUUCUGUGGAUAACACGGAGGAAUGGAGAGAUGUGUUCAUCAGCUCAAGCGAACGUUCCUUCAGGCUGGACAAUCUGCGCUGUGGAACCUGGUACAAGGUCAAGUUGGCUGCCAAGAACAGCGUGGGCUCAGGGCGCAUCAGCGAGAUCAUUGAGGCUAAGACGCAUGGAAGAGAACCAGUGUUCAAUAAGGACCAGCCACUGCUCACCCACAUCAACUCCACUCAUGCCGGACUCAACCUGCAGGGCUGGACCAGCGGCGGCUGCCCCAUCACUGACAUGAUGCUGGACUUUAGGCCCAAAGGCACCUGGGCCUGGCAGAGCCUCAAGGCCAACUCCACCACUCAGCUCUUCCUCAGUGAGCUGCGUGAGGCCACCUGGUACGAACUCAAGAUGAAGGCAUGCAACAGUGCCGGGUGCGGCAACCAGAGCUCCCAGUUUGCCACAACUGACUAUGAUGGCAGUACAAUCCCUCCCAUUAAAUCUGCUCGUGGAGAAGGGGAUGAUGUGAAGAAGCUGUUCUCCAUCGGCUCUCCCGUCAUCCUUGUGACUCUGGGUGUUGCUUUGCUCUUCAUUAUCCGCAAGAAACGCAAAGAGAAGAGGCUUAAACGUCUCAGAGAUGCUAAGAGCCUCGCAGAGAUGCUUAUCAGCAAGAACAAUCGCAGUAUAGACACUCCAGUGAAGGGCCCUCCUCAAGGACCCCGGCUCCACAUUGACAUCCCACGUGUUCAGCUGCUCAUCGAGGACAAGGAAGGCAUCAAACAGAUAGGGGAGGACAAGGCAGCGGUACCAGUGACAGACACUGAGUUCAGCCAAUCAGUGAAUCCCCAGAACUUCUGUACAGGCGUGUCCCUGCAUCACCAAGCCCUUAUCCAGAACUCAGGGCCUUUGAUUGACAUGUCAGACAUCCGCCCAGGAACAAACCCCGUAUCCAGGAAGAGUAUAAAGUCAGCCCACAGCUCCAGGAACAGAUAUUCCAGCCAGUGGACACUAAGCAGACCAAGUCAGAGCCAGUCAACUGCCUCAGCGCGAACUCUGACCUCCGACUGGCGGACGAUGGGAUCCCACGGCAUCACCGCCACUGAGAGUGACAGCUACAGCGCUAGCCUGUCACAAGACACAGAUAAGGGUCGGAACAGCAUGGUUUCGACAGAGAGCGCCUCCUCCACCUAUGAGGAGCUGGCGAGGGCCUACGAACACGCCAAGCUGGAGGAGCAUCUGCAGCAUGCUAAGUUCACCAUUACAGAAUGUUUCAUCUCCGAUAGCUCAUCUGACCAGAUGACCACAGGUACCAAUGACCCGGCAGACAGCAUGACCUCGCUCAGCACGCCGUCUGAACCAGGCAUCUGCCGCUUCACUGCCUCACCGCCCAAACCGCAGGACUAUGACCGCGGUAAAAAUGUGGCUGUGCCCAUUCCCCACCGUGCUAACAAAGGUGAAUUCUGUAACCUGCCCCUUUACAUGAAGACGGACCCGUUCUUCCGAAAGCAAGGGGAGCUGCAUGACCCGUGCCCAGCUGUGCCGCCGCGGGAGGCCUCCAUCCGCAGCCUGACGCAGCGGGCGUAUCACACCCAGGGCCGCCACAAGACUCUAGACCCUGCCAAGCAGCAGGUCCUGACGCUGGGCCAUUCUGGGCUGGCCAGCUUGGGUGCGAGCUCGGGCACCGCCACCUUGCCCCAAAGGACCCUCACCAUGCCCAGCUCCAACGCCGCGGCGACGGCGUCCACCUCCAGCACCGGCAGCAACCCCACCAACAGUAACAAGGUGGGGGGCUCCAGAGACUCGCUGCUGGAGAGCAGCUCCUCUGCGCUGGGGAGGCUGCAGAAACAGAGCGUGGGGGCCUACUCCAAGUCAUACACGCUGGUGUAGUGUGUCCUCCCCGCACAGACUCCCGUUUGCUAUGACACCCCUGAGCCAAUUUUCCAUCGGGAAAGAUGAUCUCCCAGACAGAGACCCAGCUAACCCUGCUUUUCAUGUUCACCUGGGACUCGGUAAAAGAAUUACUAACUCCAACUAACAUUUCCAGCCGGCUGGUGCUACGCUUCGCUCAGUCUUCUCGGAGAAGCACAGACAAAAUAACGGGAAUUGAUUCUGUGGUCAUUUGGAAAUAUUGACAAUAAUUGAGGAGCUAAAAGCUCUCUGUUUAUGAUGAUGAAGACUACGAUAGCCAGUAUGACGCUGUGUGGUCAUCCAGUCUCUCAUAUGCACACACAUACUGUCCUCCAUAGUUUGAGUAUUAUUGUCAAUUUGCAGGACUUCCAGUUAAGUUCCCUAUUCUUACUGUAUCUUUCACCCUCUGUGUGUCUCUUAAAGUCCCAAAUAGAUAUUGGCAGAUUUUCUCUUAAUGGUGAUUCCAAAAGAAAUAUUGCAGGUUCACUUUCAAGAAGGAUAACAUGUCUAUUGCAUUAAUAUUCUCCACACAUCUCUCUCAAGCUGAACAGUGUCUAACUUUUCAAACAAAUCAUGACAACCCAAAUGAACCAGCUAUAAGUUCUCACAUUACAAAUAGAGAAUAUUUGGUAUUAUAAAGAAUUUACAUAUAUAUUUCUAUGUAGGUAUAUUAUUGACAUUUAAGUGAAUUUAUGUCAAAGUAUAAAUUGUAUGUACUACAAGAGUGUAGUAGUAUAUACAGCAAUUUAAUGUUAAUGUCAAAAAUUUAAGAAUGAGACAAUCGCUCAACCCAAAUUAAAAAAAAAAGAAAACGGUUGGACUAAAGAAAGAAAAAAGUUGAGUAUAUAUAUGGGAUGUUCUGAGUGUUGCUGUAUGUAGACCGACUAACAGAAGAGUGUUUUGCUCCUGUGUGGACAGAGAAUGGCCCUUUCUGAGUUCCAUGUUGAGAUGGGGAAAGCCAGAUAUAUACGCAGUUUUAGUGUCACUUCCUGGCUGGGUGAAUAAAUGAAACCGCCACAGGUUUAAAAGCCUGCUCUGCUGUGUACGUGUGUUCGGCGGAAACAAUCAUGGCAGGAAAGCAUUCUGUCGUAUUAUUUGAGAAAACGGGCUCUUUUCGAAUGCCUGAGUGGUUGGUAAACAAACAAAACAAACAAUUUGUUUUUUUUGCUGGGAGAGCGGUUGGUGACAUGAGUCAUGAUGCAGAAUGAAGGCUUCGGUAACGCGUCCUACCAACUCGCCAACUUGGCUUCGCUCUUUAGAGAAACGUACAAGUAGCUGAAAGAAACCCAGUCACGAUGUGAAUGAAGUAAAAAAAAUAUAUAAUGUUGAGCGAUGUUAUAUGUCAGGGAGUUCAAUUUUGAAAAUUAUAUAAUUGAUUGAUAUCUUUGUUGUUGCCCUGUCUGAAUUCCUGUAUAUGCCCUGCUUUCUUUAUCCCCAUUCCCCUCCAUUUUGCUCUGAUGUACAUUCACACAAGAACCUUUUGGAAUGUCUCCAUGAUAGCGUUUUGUGGUUUAUAUUUAUUUAUCCAUGUACUUUAUUUGUUUGUUGAGGGGAGGGAGUACCUGUUGGUCCGUUGAUUUUCAUUCAUGAUAUUCCUUUUAAUUUAUUUGCAAUUUUGUCAACUAUUUGGUAGUGAGGUAUGUGGACAGUGGCUAAAACCAGUUCAGCCGAGUGAAAUCAGGGACUCGCAGCUCUUUUGUUCACACAAACUACUGUUGUGUAUAUACUGGACUGGAGUCGGUCCGUAAACCUGAAUGGCUCCCGUCCUUAUCCCCCCGUUCAGAUAAAGGAAAGUAAAAAUGCACCACCUGGAACAUGCUAGAUACAUCAUCUCUACCUUUGACAGUGUUGUUUAUAGAUUAAGUCUUGUACAUAAAAAUACAGUUUUGUAUGAAGAGCUAUUUUCGUCAGAAUAAAUCAGGGGACACAUCAGGGUUGAAUGCCCCAAUUUCAAAAAUUGAAAUAGUAUCAAAAAUGAAAUAUUUUACUUCGGAAAUGGGCAAAAAACAUUUUUCUUUCCCUUCAUGUUUUUGAUACUAAUUUGUUGAAUUUUUAUUCUUUUUUUAAAGGUCUUUUGCUGUUGUCAUUUGUCCUAUUUACUUUUUUAUUAUCAUUGUUUUGUAUUUUGUUCAUCCUCAAAAAAUCAUUGCAUGCUUGCUAAAAGGGAAAAACUGAAGGAAAAAAUGUAUGAAAAUCAAAAACAAAACAAAAAAAUACAAAAGAAAAAUGUUGAGGGUAUCCCAAACAUUUGUUUGAGUUGCUUGUUAUAGCAAUUGCUUGUGUUCAAAAGUACAUUUUCUAUGAAAAGAAAAGAAAAACUAAAAAGAUCAUUCUAACACCUUGUGCAAUAAAGCUAUCUUUCAUA